ACCGCCGGCGCCGGCGCCCGCGCACCCAUGACGAAGGCGACCCCGGCCGGCGCGGCGAGCGAAGGGAUCCGGAGGCUCACCUAUCUAUCCCUCGUCUCCAAGGUCUGCUCGGAGCUGGAGGCCCACCUCGGCGACGUCCAACGCAAAGUCGCCGAGUUCGUCGUCCACCUCGGCCGCGCCUCCCCCUCCGUCGCCGAGUUCGACGCCAAGCUCAAGGACCACGACUUCGAGGUGCCGGACUACCUCGCCCGCACCCUCCACACCGUCAUCCGCGCCAUCCCCGACGCCGCUCCCGCUCCUGCCCCCGGAAACCCCACCGCCGAUGGCGCCAGUACGGGCACAAGGAGCAGUGAUGGCAAGGAGGAGGAGGAGGAGGGGACUGAGGGUCCGGAGCUUCACCAGGUGUGCCACGGGACGGUCAUCAGGGUGGUGGGCGCCGGGUGCUUCGUCCGCCUCGACGGGGCGCGCGGUCGCGAGGGGCUUGUCCACACCUCCCGGAUGCCCGCCGCCGUGAAGCGCGGCCAGGAGGUGUUUGUCAAGGUCGUAUCCGUGCAGUGGGGCAAUCUGGAAUUGUCGAUGGUGGACAUCGAUCAGGAAACUGGAAGGGCGCUCCCGCCACCACGGCGUGAUGUUCAGGACGCUGUUCGGAGGGCGAAUCGAUCGGCUGGUCCUGCCAGAACCUCUGGGAAGAGGAUUGGGCUGUCUGGAAUUGUGAUUGAGGAGGACGGUGCUCGGCCUGCACCAGGAAGGCCGGUCAGGCGAAUGAGCUCCCCGGAGAGAUGGGAGCUGAAACAGUUGAUUGCUUCGGGGGCACUGAAUGCGAGAGACUGCCCUGUGUUCGAUGAUUAUGAUGGGGGGAUACAUUAUCAGGAAGAAGAAGAAGUGGAGGAGGAGCUUGAGAUUGAGCUUAACGAUGAUGAACCACCGUUCUUAUGUGGACAGGGCCGGUCCUCGAUUGACCUGUCCCCAGUGAGGAUUUCCAAGAACCCUGAGGGGUCACUGAGCCGAGCGGCGGCAUUGCAGACUGCGCUUGUCAAGGAACGGCGUGAUAUUCGUAGCCAGGAGCAGAGAGCAUUGCUUGAUUCCAUUCCCAAGGAUCUGAAUCGGCCGUGGGAGGAUCCUUUACCUGGUGCAGGUGGACGGUACCUUGCACAGGAACUGAGGGGUGCCGGCUUAUCAGCACAGAGCAUGCCGGAGUGGAAGAAACAGGCUUAUGGGAAGACUGGAACAUUUGGGAAGAGGUCGAGCCUUUCGAUACAGGAGCAGAGGCAGAGGCUUCCCAUUUACUGGCUGAAGAAUGAGCUUAUCAAAGCUGUACAUCAGAAUCAAGUUUUGGUUGUUAUCGGGGAGACAGGGUCAGGGAAAUCUACGCAGGUUACUCAGUACCUUGCUGAGGCAGGCUAUACUGAAGGUGGGAAAAUUGCGUGUACGCAGCCUCGCAGGGUUGCUGCGCAGUCUGUUGCAAAGCGGGUAGCAGAGGAGUUCGGUUGUCCAUUGGGAGAGGAAGUUGGUUAUUCUAUACGCUUUGACGAUCACACUGGACCUGAGACAGUCAUUAAGUACAUGACAGACGGCAUGCUCCUACGGGAGAUUAUGGUAGACAAGAACCUCUCUUGUUAUUCUGUGGUCAUGCUUGACGAGGCACAUGAGAGGACCAUCUAUACAGACAUUCUCUUUGGCUUGCUGAAGCAGCUCAUUAGGCGGAGAACUGAUCUCAAGUUAAUUGUCACUUCCGCCACUCUUGAUGCAGAGAAAUUCUCUAGAUACUUUUUUGAUUGCAAUAUUUUCACGAUUCCAGGGAGAACGUUUCCCGUGGAGAUACUAUAUGCAAAGGAGCCACAGAGCGAUUACAUGGAUGCUGCAUUGAUCACAGUAUUGCAGAUCCAUCUGAGUCAACCCGAAGGUGAUAUCCUCUUGUUCUUGACUGGCCAGGAAGAGAUUGAUCAGGCCUGUAACUCUCUUCAUGAGAGGAUGAAGUUGCUGGGUAACGAUGUACCAGAGUUGCUAGUAAAUCCAGUUUAUAGUGCUCUUCCAACUGAAAUGCAGUCAAAGAUCUUUGAACCUGCUCCUACUGGGAAGAGGAAGGUGGUUGUGGCCACCAACAUAGCAGAAGCAUCUAUUACAAUAGAUGGGAUAUACUAUGUUGUUGAUCCAGGUUUCGCAAAACUCAACGUUUAUAACCCGAAACGAGGACUGGAUUCACUGGUUAUCACUCCGAUCUCACAGGCAUCAGCUAAGCAAAGAGCAGGACGUGCUGGGCGUACGGGCCCAGGCAAGUGUUACCGUCUGUACACUGAGAGCGCCUAUCGUAAUGAAAUGCCCGCCACGACAGUUCCAGAAAUUCAGAGGAUUAACCUGGGGUGGACAGUUCUUAAUAUGAAGGCAAUGGGGAUAAAUGAACUAGUGUCAUUCGACUUCAUGGACCCUCCAGCACCUCAAGCACUUACCUCUGCUAUGGAACAGCUGUACAGUCUUGGUGCCUUGGAUGAAGAAGGCCUGCUUACCAAGCUGGGGAGAAAGAUGGCUGAGUUUCCACAAGAACCACCACUUUCAAAAAUGCUCCUUGCCAGUGUGGACCUCGGAUGCAGUGAUGAAAUAGUGACUAUCAUUGCAAUGAUCCAAACUGGCAAUAUAUUCUACAGGCCAAGGGAAAAACAAGAUCAGGCGGAUCGGAAGAGGGGCAACUUUUUCCAGCCAGAAGGGGAUCACAUCACGUUACUCACUGUGUAUCAGGCAUGGAAGGCAAAGCAGUUUUCAGGGCCAUGGUGCUUCGAGAAUUUUCUCCAGGUAACAUCACUAAGGAGGGCACAGGAUGUGAGGAAGCAGCUCCUGGAGAUCAUGGACAGGUAUCGGCUUGAUGUUGUCUCUGCUGGCAAUGAUCUCACCAAGGUAAGGAGAGCCAUCGCCGCAGGCUUCUUCUUCAACUCUGCCAAGAAGGAUCCCCAGGGAGGAUACAGGACCCUUGCCGAUCAUCAGCAGGUGUAUAUCCACCCAAGCAGUGCCCUCUUUCAUCAGCAACCAGAGUGGGUGAUUUACAAUGACAUUGUCAUGACCACAAAAGAGUACAUGAGGGAGGUGACAGCCAUCAAUCCAGUGUGGCUCGUCGAGCUGGCGCCGAGGUUCUACAGAUCCGUGGACUCGACAAAGAUGAGCAAGCGGAAGCGCCAGGAGAGGAUUGAGCCUCUAUACGACAGAUACAACGAGCCCAACUCGUGGCGCCUCAGCAAGCGCCGUGGGUGAUUUUUGUCGGUACAUAAAUUUGCUUCUUUCAUGGCACUUUAUUCCUUGCUGUUAGCUUGACUAGUUAUUUAAGUGUAAAUACAUAGUAAGCUCUCAGUAUGGUACUAGCAGUAUAGUGAAUAGUGGCACAUCUAUGUAGCUUUUCUUCUUUGUUUUGGUUUUUGGCUUGAAGUUGGAAGUCUUGUGAGGCUAGUUGGUAUACUAAUGCAGACAAGUUAUUCCCAAGACAAAGCUUUAUUUUCUUUAAGCGUGUAUAAAUGCACAGAGCGAACACUUUGAAUUA